AUGAUGCCAUUGACGAUAGCUUCUCCCGCCACUGUUGUUGCCACUAUAACCACAUCCGUCACCGCAUCGGCUGCACCUUCGUCUCUAAACGGUAUUAUGCAGGCUCAAGGGACGCUGAAUCACCAGGGUUGUAACGAUCUCGCAACCGUUGCGGGUAAUCUUAUGAAUUCUGUCAACUCAACCAUUGAUAGUCAUAUCAUCAGCAACAAUCUUCACGUUGCCCCUAUCUCUACGAGUUCAGGGGUCACCAGUGUGAUGAACGCUUUGCCCUUCAAGACUCUUCCUGCUUCCUCUGGCCAACCCUCAGUGCGUUCUUUUCUACAAUAUUAUCUAAAUAAUAAGUCUUAUUAUUAA